GCACAUGCGUAGAAGAUGGAGAGGAAAGAGCCUCCUUCGCCCUCUCCCUCCUCCUGGAGAAUCGGGAACGGAAACCUCGCGGCACUUGCCGCGAGAUCUUAUGUGGACGAUGGCGACCGAAAACAAACGGAAGCGCCGAAAGGUGACCACAUAGGAGGCGGGGGGCGGAAAAAAAUCCUCUCAGCUUCUUGCCUCGCUCAGGAAGCCUGUUUGGCGAUGGCGGCGGCGGCGGCGGCAGCAGCGACGACACCCCCCGCGCACUGGAGCCGCUUCGAGCAGGAGCAAGACGUGACGUUGCGGGAGCUGAUCCGGAGGGUAACCGGCCUGAGCGGGCAAAGCAAGGAAGAGGCGGCCCACUUCCAGGCGGCGCUGAACUUCUCCUGGUCCAACUUCAGGUUUCAUCAAUUUCUUGAUGUCAGCCAGCACAAAGUGGACAAAAUAAUAGAGGGGAUUUAUGAAAAGCUGAUAGUUCAUUCAGACCUUGUUAAAGCUGCAAGCUGGAAGAGUUUAACAGAAGAGUUUCUGAAUUCUCCGCUUCCAACCACUGAAGGAACAAAGACAGAUGUCCAUUAUGCCAUACUCUCUCUUCUGUUGUGCUUAUCUGAUUCUCCUUCCAACACCAGUUAUGCAGAAAAACCAAGAGAGAAAGAAGUGGAAAAAGAAGAAUUUGAUUGGAGGAAAUACUUGAUGGAAGGUGAAGAAUUUGACUAUGGUCCUGAUUUAGAAACACCAGAGUGGUCUGACGUAAGUGAUGAUGAUGAAGAUACUGAACCACUGAGUAGAGAAGACUCUGGCAUUCAGGUGGACAGGACACCCCAAGAAGAUCAGGAUCAAAACAAGAAGUCAUCACAUGUCACAUGGAAAGGUGAACCUGAUGCACGUACCUGGCUAGAGCAACAUGUAGUUGCUCAAUACUGGACUGGCAGAGGAGUUCGUUUUCCCCAUAGUUUGCAUUUUCAUUCCAAUUUAGCGGCUGUAUGGGAGCAGCACUUAUAUACUAGUGAUCCCUUGUACAUGCCGGAAGAGAAAAUUAUUGUUACUGAAACACAAGUCAUUCGUGAAACAAUUUGGCUGCUUUCAGGCGUAAAAAAUCUGUUUAUAUUUCAACUGAAUGAUGGAAAGAUUACUGUGAGAAAUGACAUCAUGGUGACUCAUUUGACCCACAACUCAUUAAGAUCAAUGUUGGAGCGGAUAGCAGCAUAUGGGCAAGUUGUAUUUAGGCUGCAGAAGUUUAUUGAUGAAAUAAUGGGUCACAGCUCAGAAAGUGGAAUACAUGGAAUCAUUUCUACUCCCAAGAAAUCGGCAGAAGCCCCAUUUAGAACCUAUCAAGCUUUCAUGAGAGCCCUCUAUAAAUAUUUCAUAAGUUUCAAAGAGGAACUUACCGAAAUUGAGAGGAGCAUAAUCAACAAAGAUGCAACAAUCACUCUUUCCAUAGUCAUGGAUAAGUUAUCACAUCGAUUAGCUCAGCUCAAUAUACUUCAUAAGGUUUUUAGCACUGGAGUAGCAGAAGUACCUCCUGACACUCGCAAUGUUGUAAGAGCAUCUCAUUUGCUCAAUACCCUGUACAAAGCAAUUCUUGACUAUGAUAAUGUUGGGGAAGCCUCUGAACAAACGGUAUCCCUCUUGUUUUCUCUCUGGGUUGAAACAGUGAGGCCAUAUUUACAGACAGUGGACGAAUGGAUUGUCCAUGGUAACUUAUUUGAUCCAGCAAAAGAAUUUAUUAUUCAGAGAAACAAAAAUGUUCCAGUUAACCAUAGGGAUUUCUGGUAUGCUACCUACACUUUGUAUAGUGUGUCGGAAAAGACAGAGAAUGAAGAAAAAAUGAGUGACAAUGCUAGUGCCAGUUCCGGCAGCGAUCAGGCACCCUCAAGUAGACAGCAUACCAUGGUCUCUUUUCUGAAACCUGUACUAAAACAGAUCAUUAUGGCUGGAAAGUCCAUGCAGUUGUUGAAGAACUUGCAAUGCACAGAUGGUUCUCCACAGCAGGCUGCAUCAAGAGAUGCAGAGAGGAAGAGCUUGUACACAUUAUUUCUGGAGUCUGUGCAGUCACGCCUACGGCAUGGGGAGGAACCUGUUCAAGAUAUCAUUACAGAACAGCAGGCCACCAAGCAAAGUCUAAUAAAGAUGCAGUCUAUUGCAGCAAGACACUUAGAGCUGGAUGAUGUCCACGAUCCCUUGCUGGCUAUUAAUUUUGCAAGGUUGUAUUUGGAACAAGGCAGUUUUCAUGAGACGCUUACUGGUGAUGAUGUUUGCGUGGAUAGAUCAUCCGAAUCAGUUACGUGCCAGACAUUUGAACUGACAUUGAGGUCAUGUCUUUAUCCUCACAUAGACAAACAGUAUCUGGAGUGCUGUGGAAACUUAAUGCAAACGUUGAAGAAAGAUUAUAGGCUGGUAGAGUACUUGCAGGCCAUGAGAAACUUUUUCUUGCUUGAGGCUGGUGAUACUAUGUAUGACUUCUAUACAUCCAUUUUUGAUAAAAUAAGAGAGAAAGACACAUGGCAGAGCGAACCAUUCCUUAAUGUCCAGCUCCAAGAGGCAGUUGGACAGCGUUAUCCAGAGGAUAGUUUAAGGUUGUCUAUAUUGUGUGAAAAUAUAGAUAUAGCAAAGAAGAAGCUUCCUGUUCAUACCUUGGAUGGCUUAAUAUUGAGCUACAAGGUCCCCUGGCCCGUGGAUAUAGUUAUAAGUGUGGAGUGUCAAAAAAUCUAUAACCAAGUGUUUCUUCUAUUGUUACAAAUAAAGUGGGCCAAAUAUAGUCUGGAUGUAUUACGAUUUCAUGAACUAGUCAGGGCUGCAGAAAAGCCCCAGAACAAAGGAGGAGCUGUACUUGAACAAGAGACAUUUCUUCACUUUGGAUCACAAUUGGAGCCCAUUAAGCAACAAACUCAUCGGAUGUUUCUUUUGAGGAUGAAACUAAUGCAUUUUGUUAACAGCCUGCAUAACUACAUCAUGACUAGAAUUCUUCAUAGUACAGGUUUAGAAUUUCAACAUCAAGUAGAAGAAGCCAAAGAUUUAGACCAGCUGAUUAAAAUUCAUUACAGAUACCUUUCUACAAUCCAUGAUCGCUGCCUGCUGAGAGAAAAGGUUAGUUUUGUGAAAGAAGCUAUAAUGAAAGUGCUGAACCUAGUACUGAUGUUUGCAGACCGUUGGCAAGCUGGUUUGGGAGCUUGGAAGAUGGAAUCAAUAACGAAGAUGGAAUCUGACUUUAAAAACUGCCACAUGUUUCUUGUGACAGUACUGAAUAAAGCAGUCUGCAGAGGUUCCUUCCCACAUUUGGAAUCUUUAGCCUUGUCACUCAUGGCUGGAAUGGAACAAAGUUAGUAAAAUGCAGAUGUAGUAAAACUACUCAAACGCCUGCAACAUCUUCUGUGUAACAUUGUAGUCAUCCAAUGCUGAUUGAUUGCAUGAAGUAUAUUUUGAACUGUGUGGCAGGGUUUUCAUUUUGAGUGAUCCCAGGACUGCAGUAUUAUUUUUAGGAUGUACAUAUUUGUGCUUGAAACUGUAAAAACAACAACACGUUCAUCUGUAAAUAAAACAUUGAAUGAAAUUAUUUAUACAGAAUACCAUUUAUUUUAUAUAUUAGGAAAUAUUUAAUCAGAUCAGGUCAUUCUUUUGUUUUCCUCUGUGAGGAACAGUUACCAAAAUGCAUACUGUAUAGCAAACAUUUUUAAAGAAUUUCUGUGAACUUUGCUCCUGUGCAUAGCUUGCAGGCUGUCCCUGAAUGCAGUGGCAGAAAUGUUUUAUUCAGAAACAUUUAUUUAUUUAAUAAGCAUACCACCCUUCAUCUGAAGAUCACAGAGUGGUUCACAACAUAAGGCAAAAUGAGAAUGCAAAAUACAUAAUAAAACAAAAACAAACCAAUAACCCCCUCCCACAAACUCAUAUGAAAGGCCAUAGAAUGUUUCAUCAACCAAAGGCCUGGUUAUAGAGAAACAUCUUCACCUGGUGCCUAAAGAUAUGUGAUGAAGGCAUGAGGCGAGCCUUCCUGGGAAGAGCAUUCCACAAACAGGGAGCCAUUAGAUGCCUUCCUUUUCCCUUUUCCCAAGAUAAAUUGUCACAUGCUCUCAAAAUAUGUCACAUGCAACUGAAAUCCCAGCAGCUGUAGUGCUAUGGCAAAUGGUACUAUUUUGUUGAAUUGUUUUUUUCAUGGAAAUGAAUAGCACAGGUAAGGCACUUUAUGCCACCAUUAACUUACCGCACAUUACAACAUUCUAACAUUUGUUUUGGCAUUCCUAGCAGCUUCAAAAUGUUCAUUUUUAAGCUUUGUAAUCUUAACUGCGAUCAACAUUACUGGUGCAUUAGGAUGGACUAUGUUUGCAUUAUCUGCUUACAUAAUGUGUAAGGAUAAUACUUCCUUCUCUAUACUGCUAAUGCAUUUCUAGUGUAACUGCCUUUUAUGAAACCUGAUAGCAAGUGAUUUGAUUCUGGAAGGAAUUUCAUGGGAAAUAUAUCAUGAAGAUUGUAGAAGAUUGUGUAACUCGACCUUCACAUGACCAUAAAUAUAUUACUGUCUGAAAACUG